GGAGCUGCACGGGGGCCUGGAGGACCCUGACGGCCACCAUGAAGGCAUGCAGCGAGGCAGAUGUGGAGGGGCAGAUCCAGGAGCUGAAGACAAUCACUCGGCUCCAGGAGCAAUGCCGGGCACUGCAGAUCCAGGCAGUAAAGGAGAAGACGGUCAAGAACAGAGCCACGCUGGCUCUCCUGCACAGCACCAUCCGCCGUGGGGCCCAGGACUGGGCUUUGGCCAAGAAGUAUGACCAGCAGACCAUCUCCAGGGCCUGCGGGAAGGACGUGCCCAUGAGGUUGGCACACUGCCGCUGCUCCAUGGAGGUGGCGCGGGAGAAGCUGCGAAAGUACGUCUUCGACCGCGUGAACGUGCACAACGUACUGAUCCACCUGGUGCGACGGCGGGAGCAGAAGCUGGAGAGCAUGAAGCUGGAGCUGGCUAGUUUGCGGAGGCAGCCCGACCACACCAAGGAGGAGCAGCGCCUGCGGCAGGUCCUCCGCCAGCUGGAGAACAACAUUGAAAAGACCGUGACCAAGAUCACCGCGAGCCAGAACAUCUACCUGCUGUACGUGGACCUGCUGGAUUAUCUGAAGAAAGAACUGGCCAGCUACCCCACAGAGCUGGACAAGCUGCAGAAUCUCGUGGGUGACUACUGCUCAGAACUGUCAGACAUGACCGUCAUGUCCCAGGAUGCCAUGAUGAUUACAGAUGAGGUCAAGAUGAACAUGAGGCAAGCGGAGGCGACUUUCAUCGAGGAACGCAGGGCACGGGAGAACCGGCUCAACCAGCAGAAGCUGAUCGACAAGAUCCACACGAAGGAGACCACCGAGAAGUUCCGCAGGGGCCGGCGGGACUUGGACUUCCCCUCCAGUCUCACGGGUGCAGAAACCGUGAAAGGUAACCUGAAAGUGAGGAAAAGAGAGACCUCCCAGGCUGAUAUCCAAUACCGGACAGACGUGACUGCUUUGGUGGAGAAAGUGCAGAUGGCUGUGCAAUGCUCCCACCUCUGGGACAUCGCCGGCCGCUUCCUGGCUCAGAGGACCACGGAAGAGAACCUCGGGCUGCAGGUGGAGGGCUGCGAGCGGCGGCGGGUGCAGCUGGAGGCCCUGAUGAAGAAGCUGGAAGCGGAGGAGACCGCGCUCAAGUUCCGCCAGACGCCCAGCUCGGCCAGCUUUAAGUCUGUCGAGAAGAAAAUGAAGGACAUGCUGAGAGAGGAGGAAGAAAGGCUCCAGCUGGCCUCCUCCAACAUGACCAAGAGCCAGAAGCUGCUGCUGACCAUCCAGAUGGGCGUUGACAACCUCUACGCCCGGCUGAUCGGCAUUGCGCUGCCCACAGCCCAGAAAGAAGUGCUCUCCAACACCCUCGACGUGCCCAGCAAGCUGGCAUGCUGUGAGGGAAAGCUCCUGUACCUGGCUGACAGACUGCAGGCGCUGUCCAGGACCGAGGAGGUCAACGCAAAGGUGAGGGAUACCCUGGAGUCCUCAACUCUGAAGGAGAAGCAGAACCAGAGGAUCAGCUUUGAAGACCUGGAGGACGAUGUGAUAGAAACCUUCCAGUUCGCAGACGUGGACCACAGCUACGUCCCCUCGCGGGCCGAGAUCAAGAGGCAGGCCCGGCGGCUGAUCGAGGGGAGGCUCAAGGUGGCCAAGAAAAAGAAGUAACCUGGAGGAGGAGCCCCUGCCCCGCCCCGCAGCCCCCGCCCCCCAGCCGGCGCUUUGUUACACAAAUAAACAUUUUUCCGGGACUGCCGGGGGGGACCGCGGGAGAGGAGUCUCGGAAAUGAACCCUGCGGGGACGCAGACGUGGGGGGAUCACGUUGGGAAGUCUGCGGAAACGUGUGGUGCUGGGUGAGGGGCCAGGGUUAGGGGGUGAACGGCGGUGGGGGGACGGGUCCGGCGAGGAAGCGGACAGGUGUCGAGCGCCUUCUGCGAGCCCGGGGACCGCCCCGAAGGCCGGCCGGCCGGCUGACGUGGCUCCGCGUGCACCUCCGGCCCACUGCCCCGCGCAUGCGCACACCCCCAUCCCGCCGC